AUGUUCUCAUAUACUCGAACAAGUGCAGCAAAUCAUCCGCUCAUCCCACUACCACACGAAACACCCAGACAACCGAUCAUGCUGGGUGAGCUGAUUGAUAGCAGUGUCACUCGAACAGUGCUGGAUCUGGUAAAGCAUGAUGAACCUUCUCUGGGAGUUCCUCAGCUCCUGUUAUCAAGACAUACCAUGAGCCCCCUCAACAUCGACAAGCCAAAUGAAUCUUUCCCUCUACUAUUGGAGCUGGUUCUGAGAGCCGGCGAUAUAAUUGAGACCCUCAACAUCGCGAAAAGUCCGCCCACUAUCGACGAACUUAUGACAACCUUCAACUCUUUUGCAGAAAGGCUGAAACGUGUGGCUCAUAUGGAUGAGCUAAAAAGAAUGCGACCUAAACUACUCCCUAACUUGACCGAUCGAUUCCAAGGACAAAUUGUGGAGCUACGAGAAACCCUGGAACGCUUGGAAGUCAGAAGCCCUGAUGGAACGUCUAACUAUAUAGCAUUGUUCUCUGCCCAGGUCUCUCACGAUGGUGAUCCACUCGCUGGUGCCUACCUCUGGUUUGACCCUGCAACUGCACGACACUGCGCACUCGAGGCUGCACAAAGAGCGCUUGAAACGAAGCGAAAGCAACAAUCAACAUCUGUUGAAGUGACAAUUCCAGCCUCAAACAUUUACUUAUCGAUGCAGGCCAAUAUUGAGGCACGGUCUGCAGGUCUCCCGAACGACUAUAUUCCACUCUCUCCGUGUUCCCGACCUCUAGCGAAAGGACAUGACAUGAAAACCAUGCGGUUCUGUCCGCGUGGGACAUCUUUACCCGAGCGCCUCACGCCCGAUUUAAUCAUAGCGCACGAAACCAAAAACCUGCAAUUGUACCGUAGGGGGAAGACAGACACGGAACGCAUGAUAAACGCUAUAUUUCAUUCUGAUAUCGUCAUAAUUCUCAGCUCUAACGGAUCUGGAACACCGAUGCAAGUUCCCCAGACGAUUCUAGACAAUGCGCUUGUUAAUGGCUCUGCCAUGGGGACCAAUAUCGUUUGCUCUCAUCCGAAUCCAUCUUCGGUCAUACCGUUGGCUUCUGCGGUUACUUCUGAACGAAGCAGAAAGCACGGGGCUUCUGUUGGUUCCGUCGGUUAUGAUCUAUAUGAGAAAUCCGAGCUCUCAAGGGGCUGGGGAUGUAUCACAUAUUGCUCAACAGCAACUCUUCUGAAACGAUUCCUUGAAGACUCGGAGCGUUUCUUGUCUUCAUCCUCGCAUAUCAUAAUCGAUGAAAUCCACGAGUGUCACAAAGAUACCGAGAUAGCUUUAACACUCCUUCGCCAGAGUAUUCGCGAGAGGAAGUCUGCUGGAUUAGACUUCCCCAAACUCGUCUUCUUAGGAGCGUCGAGCGAAGCCUCUCGGCUUGUCGGGUACCUGCGUGCCCGUGGGGGAGGUGAAUCUGCUCUCGAAGUUAGAGAAUUGAAAUUUGGUGGACCGACGUUCAGUGUACAUCAUCAUUAUCUACUCGAUACUCUAUCAGAGUGCUCCAGCAUUUUGUCUCAUCCAGGAGUCUCAAUGGCUUUGAGAGGGGACUAUGAGCGCAAAAUCCAGAAAUACAUUCAAGACGAAAUAAAUUUUGCAAAUCCUCGGGCUGUUGAAUCAAAAUCACGUCGUUCCAACCGCCCUAUUUUCAGCCAUCUGGACAGCGGUCUAGUCGGCUUGGUAGCUUCGACCAUCGCCCAUAUUGUCUCGACCAAGGCUCCAGGUGAUAUUCUCGCCUUCCUACCUCGAUCCUCAUCUAUCGAUGAGGUCACGACUUUGUUAGGCCAAAUGAAAUCGGCAAAAAUUGAUUUCGAAGACUCCAGUCGUUUCAAAAUUGUGAAGGCAAAUUCCCAACCAGAGGGACUGAUACCAGAAAUCAUACCUGCAGGUUGUGUGAGGAUCAUCCUGACAGCAGGCCUCCCCUCGCCCUCUCUCACGCUGGCUAAUAUCACAUAUGUCGUAGAUAGUGGGAAAGCUGAGACGCCGUUCGUUGACCAUACCACAUUGAAGGCGCACACCGAUCGUGCAGAUCUAGCAACAAACCUUCAAUAUACCGGCUUAACGCGGGGCCUCAAUUCCACCUGGAUCAGCCAAGCUAGCAUGCGAGAGAGGUCAGCUCUUCCCAGCCAUGUGGAAGGAGGCCAUUACUACGCCCUUUACACUCCACAACGCCAAGCAGCCUCCCCCCAUUUCGAUCGGCCAGCAAUCCAGACGAGCGAUCUUGUCCAAGAAUCUUUGCUGCUGUCCUCAGCACUAGUACCCUACAAUCCCAAGGACAUAUUUUGUCAGAUGCUUGAUCCACCGAGAAUGGAAGUCAUCGAUAAUGCGUUCCGACAAUUACUUUGUUUAGAUGCAUUUACCCACGAGUAUAAGAUUACAAGCCUAGGACGUGUCUUAGCCAUGUUCUCUCUUCAUCCUGCCGUGGCAAAAGCUCUAAUCCUGGGUGCAGUAUUUGGUUGUCUGGAACCGAUCAUGAUCCUCGCCUGCGUCAAUCCGUCCAAUGUCCUACUUGACCCAUCAGAGUCGCUCGGAAAACAAACUCAGUUUCGAGACUCACUUCCAUAUGAAAGUAGUGAUGCUGCCCUGGAUAUAAAACGUUUUAGACGAUACCACAACUACUACAUCCUCAAGGACUAUGACAAGUUGCAACAAGUGGAGAGAGAUUGGGGUGUCGAGCAUUCCACGUUUGCGAAUAUCCUAGAAAGAGGCCAAGACAUUUUCACAACACUUCGGAGGAUUGGCGUUGUGCCAAUUUGGACGGCGUGGACCAAGGAUGACAGUGUUUUUGCCCUGAUUCCUCACUAUGUUAAUUUCAACCGAGACAAUCACGCUCUUGUCAGGGCUAUAUGUCUCAAUACCAUUCAUCCGAACAUCGCUAUGUGGGGUUCAAGAAAGCAAGGGCAACAAGACGAAUGGAUAGACGCAUCCUCACACAGAAACGAAGUUGACCCUCUCAGCAUUAUCCAUUACACUACUAGUCUUGAGGACAACAAUCACAGAACAGCGCGUAGUAUGAUAGCAGGCUCUAACGUUGCAGCACGUUUAGAUAUUCCUCAUACUCCAAGUGCUCAUAAUCGCGAACCAGUAUCGACGGACAAGCUAUCACCCACUCGACAACGCGGAGAGAUGUUAUCAUAUCACGGGAAGAGAAUAAUAGGAUACUGUACAAAGUCAAGGCUGUUAGCUCGCUUGCAACAGGUCAGCGUGUUGACCCCUCUGCAGGCAAUUCUCUUCCACCCCACUGCUACCCUUGAUCCCGAGGGCAACAUCGCACUUAAUGGACGGUUGCUCCUCAAUUUGAAGAUUGAGGACAAGAUGCACGAGGACAUGGAACUUCAAGCGCGACAGGUCUUGAUGGAGUUCAGACAGACCAUCAACCGGUUUUGCAGGCACCUUUUCUCGCAGCUUAACAUGUCAGCAACCCCUGGUGCCCGGGGCAGUGGCACGGGUGACAGCCAACCAAAGAAUCAAGGUAUGCUAAUUAUGGCUCCGCUCUUCGAAGGAAAACUGCGACGCGCCGUAGUUGCCGCGAUUGUGAGGGUCUUAGACGACGAUGUCUUCUACAGCAAGAUGCGCAGAAGAUCUCACCGCAAUGCUCACAAGCAAGUGUUCGAGGAGUGUAUGGCGCCGGCGACCUCGUCCGAAAAGAAAGAUGGCGCUACCUCUGACGGAGAUGGAGAUGCGGUACAGGCUCCAACAGAUGCUGAAAUUGCAGCGGCCACCAAGGCCAAGCUCGACAAAGUGACUGCCAUGGUGCACCAAAUGACUCUUGAAAUCGUGGAAAACGAGAAACCGUCAUGA